UGUACCAAGCUCAGUACAAUUGCAGCACGGCCUCAGCACCACUGCACCGAGCUCAGCACCAUUGCACCGAGCUCAGCACCAUUGCACUGAGUUAGCACCAGUGCACUGAGCUCAGCACCGCUGCACCGAGCUCAGCACCACUGCACCGAGCUCAGCACCAUUGCAGUAGGGUCUCAGCAUCUUUGCAGCAGGGUCUCAGCACCAUUCGCAGCACAGUCUCAGCAGCAUUGCAGCAAGCUCUCAGCCCCAUUGCAGCAGGGUCUCAGCACCCCUGCACCGAGCUCAGCACCCCCUGCAGCCCCCCCCCCAGCCCCACUGCAGCCCGCCAGGUGCUGAGUCACGGCUGAGGCUGCCUGGAGCUGCCGGUGCUGCGGUGCCGGCGGGUCCCCAGUGCCCACGGUCCCGCUGCCGCCCGCAGACGAUGGAGACGCAGGUGGAGGAGUGGUGCAAGGAGGUGGGCGAGCUGCAGGCGCAGGCGGCCGCGCUGCCCCCCGAGGCCCCCGGUGCGGAGGCAGUGGGCGAGCGGCAGAGCGCGGUGGGCACCCGCAUCGUCCGCCUGAUCGAGCCCCUCAAGGAGCGCCGCAGGAUCCUGCUGGCUGCCAAGGAGGUGCAUCAGGUCAGCCAUGAGCUGGAGGACGAGGUGCUCUGGGUCCAGGACCGCCUGCCCCUGGCCACGCAGCAGGACCUGGGCACCAACCUGCAGACCGUGCAGCAGCUCAUCAAAAAGAACCAGAACCUCCGCCGGGAGAUCCAGGUGCACCGUCCCCGCGUGGAUGAGGUGCUGGAGCGCGCGGCGGCCGUGGCCUCCAUCAAGAGCCCCGAGGCCGAGGGGGUGCGGAGGCUGCUGGAGCGCCUGGGGGGAGCCUGGGGGGAGCUGCAGGAGCAGGCAGAGCGGCGGCAGCAGGCGCUGGAUGCGGCCUUCCAGCUGGAGCAGUACUACUUCGACGUGGCCGAGGUGGAGUCGUGGCUGGGCGAGCAGGAGCUGCUGCUGAUGAGCGAGGAGAAGGGCAAGGAUGAGCAGAGCACCCUGCAGCUGCUGAAGAAGCACCUGCAGACUGAGCAGACGGUGGAGAACUAUGAGGAGAGCAUCGCCCAGCUCUCGCGCCAGUGCCGAGCCCUGCUGGAGCUGGGGCACCCCCAGAGCGAGCAGGUGAGCCGGCGGCAGUCGCAGGUUGACCGGCUGUACGUGUCUCUGAAGGAGCUGGUGGAGGAGCGCAAGGGCAAGUUGGAGCAGCAGUAUUGGCUCUACCAGCUCGGCCGCGAGGUGGGCGAGCUGGAGCACUGGAUCGCUGAGAAGGAGGUGGUGGCCGGCUCGCCCGAGCUGGGGCAGGACUACGAGCAUGUCACGCUGCUGCAGGAGAAGUUCCUGGAGUUUGCCAGCGAGACGGGCAGCGUGGGGCAGGAGCGCAUCUCGGCCAUCAACCAGAUGGUGGACGAGCUGAUUGACUACGGCCACGCCGACGCCGCCACCAUCGCCGAGUGGAAGGACGGCGUCAACGAGGCCUGGGCCGACCUCCUGGAGCUGAUGGAGACGCGGGCGCAGCUCCUGGCUGCCUCCCACGAGCUCCACAAGUUCUUCAGCGACUGCAAGGAGCUUUUGGGGCAGAUCGAGGAGAAACGGCGGCGCCUUCCCGAGCUGGCGGCCAAGGAAGCGCCGCGAGCCUCGGCUGGAGCCUUGCAGCGGGCGCUAGGCGCCUUUGAGCACGACGUGGAGGUGCUGGUGGGCCAAAUCCGGCAGCUCCAGGAGGGGGCGGCACAGCUGAGGACCGUCUACGCCGGGGACAACGCCGAGGCCAUUGCCAGCCGGGAGCAGGAGGUGCUGAGCGCCUGGAAGGAGCUGCUGGGUGCCUGCGAGGAGUGCCGGCUGCACGUGGCCAGCGCCGCCGACCGCGUCCGCUUCGCUGGUACCGUGCGUGACCUGGUGUCCUGGAUGGACGGCGUGCUCUGCCAGAUUGGCGCCGGAGAAAAGCCCAGGGACGUCUCCUCGGUGGAGGUGCUGAUGAACUUCCACCAGGGCUUGAAGAGCGAGAUGGAAGCGCGCAGCAAGAGCAUUGCCACCUGCCUGGAGCUGGGCAAGACCCUCAUCCUUGCUAAGAGCCCUGCGGCCGACGAGAUCAAAGCCCUGGCGGAGAAGCUGCUGGCGAAGAAGAAGGAGCUGGCGGAGAAGUGGGACAAGCACUGGGAAUGGUUGCAGCAAAUGCUGGAGGUCCACCAGUUUGCCCAGGAGGCGGUGGUGGCCGACGCAUGGCUGACGGCACAGGAGCCCCUGCUGAAGAGCCAGGAGCUGGGCAGCAGCGUGGACGAGGUGGAGCAGCUGAUCCGGCGCCACGAAGCCUUCCGCAAGGCGGCCGCCGCCUGGGAGGAGCGCUUCAGCUCCCUGCGCCGCCUCACCACGCUGGAGAAGCUGAAAGCAGAGCAGAGCAAGCAGCCAGCCACGCCGCUUUUGGGGCGCAAAUUUUUGGGAGAACCUCCAGCACCCUCACGUCCUGGGGGAGAGGAACGCCCCGAAACCCCCCGUGCCCGGCCGGAGCCCCGUGUCGCCUACGUGCGGCAGGAGCUGCGUCCCGAGAGGCUCCAGCCCAAGCUGGACCGGGUGCGGGAGGGGGAUGGGGACAGGGACACCCCCCCUGCCACCCCCGCUGCCAUCACCACCGAGGUGCCGGUGGCACCCAAGGGUGACAGUGGCGGGGGGGAUGUUGGGGAGGGGAAGACGGGGCUGCUGGAGCGGCGGAGGGAGAGGAGGGAGCGGAGGAUGGAGAGGCAGGAGUCCAGCGAGCAGGAGGGGCCUCGGCACGGCAAAGCCACCCUGGCCGACAUUGUGGAGCAGCUCCAGGAGAAGGAAGCCACCGUCCCCUCCCCAGCACUGCCCCGGGACCGUGAGUCCCCCGGCCGCCUCCCCAAUGGCGUCGAGGUCCUACCGGAGAGGACCCCACGGCCAGACCGGCCCCGUGCCCGCGACCGCCCCAAGCCCCGUCGGCGCCCCCGGCCCAAGGAGCCCGGCCAGGGGGGUCCGGGGGAGGCCCGGAGGUCGAGGUCGGCCCCCGCCCAGAGCAGCGCCCCCCCCCCACCGCCCCCCAGCCACACGGUGCAGCACGAGGGGUUCCUCUUUCGCAAGCAUGAGCUGGACGGGCCCAACAAGAAGGCAUCCAACAGGUCCUGGGUGAACCUCUACUGCGUGCUGAGCAAGGGCGACCUGGCCUUCUACAAGGACGCCAAGGGCCCGGCGAGCGGCAGCACCCAUGGGGGCGAGCCCCCCCUCAGCCUCCACCAGGCCAUCAGCGAGGUGGCCGCUGACUACAAGAAGAAAAAGAACGUCUUCAAGCUGCGGACCGGUGACGGCAGCGAGUUCCUGCUGCAGGCCAAGGACGAGGAGGAGAUGCGCGCCUGGCUGCGCGCCCUGGCGGCCAGCGCGCGGGAGCACGCGGAGAUCGCGCGCGCCGCGGCCCCGCCCACUACUACGUCAUCAACCGACGAGGGGGGGCCGAGGCGGGAGGGGGCGGAGCGCCGCCGGAAGUGACGUCGGCGCCUCCCAUUGUGGUGGGAGGGGGGGAGGCGGGAGGAACCCACUCGCUCUGCUCCCGACCCCCCCCUAUUUUUUUUCAACCCCCUCCCCCCCCCC